GUAAUGAAGCCGACAACAUCUGCUGAUGAUCGCAAGAAGAAGAAAAAACCUGUAUCUGCUGCAAGAGAGCCCAAACGUAAACAGCCAAGAAGCAGCAAAAAAGCACUGCCCAGUAGCUCUACAACAGAGCAACACAAUAAGCUCUCUGAUGAUUUGUCGUCACCUCGUGCUUGUCAGGACUCAGGCCAAGACAAAACAAUUGUUAUCUGUAAUACAGAGAAGGAUGUGAAUCCAGCACCAGAGGAAGCCUGGGCGAGACCUUUGUCCAAGCAGUGGCGACAUUUUCCUUGUGAUUUUGAUGCAGUCAAACGCUACAACAACUUUAUGUCCAGAAGGCAGCCUCACUGCUCAGUUUGCUCCCUGUUCCAAAGAUUUGAUAUUGAAAGCGAAUCACACAUCUUCAAUGACAGUUCUCCUGGCAGCCAUAUACCAUCCAGAUCACUCCCCAUGAUUCCUGAGGCUUCAUUUGCUAUCAGUGCCUCCAACCAGACACCCUUCUGCAAUUACUCACCUUUAGAUACAGAUGGACUAAGUGCUCUUCUGCAGUGCUGCAAGUGUUGUGUUUGCGUUCAUGCCAGUUGUUAUGGUGUACUGGAAACUGUAUUGCCCACAGACUGGACCUGCAGUGCUUGUUGUUCGGAGCAGCCUCCAGAUAAGUUGUUUUGUACCCUGUGCUGUUUGAGAGGUGGUGCCUUGAAGCCAACCGUUGAUAACCAGUGGGCACAUAUAGUGUGUGCUCUGGCUAUUAGCGAAGCUUCCUUUGUUGACGUCAGGAACAGAGCACCCAUCGAAAUCUCAAAAAUCAGUGCUAGCAGAUACAAACUUAAAUGCAGCCUCUGCGCUUCUAUAACUUCAAACAGUCUGCAACAGACAGCCUGUGUUCAGUGUUCCAUCGGGAGGUGCACAAAAUCAUUUCAUGUGUCCUGUGGCUACGCUGCUGGUGUCAAAUUUGAGAUCAGUGAUUGGCCUAUACCCAUAUACGUGUCCUGUUUGAGGCACCUGUCUUCCCAGUCUCGGCAUGAGGGUAGGCAGCAGGAGGACUUGUUGGAUCUCAGUGAGGGCGAUCGAGUGGUAGCGAAACAUAGAAACAAGAGGUUUUAUUGGGGCCGGGUGAUAGAUGUUGAGAGGAAAAGGAUGUAUGAAGUGGACUUUGAUGAUGGAUCUUUCAGUGAGGAUUUGAUGCCUGAAGAUGUAGAGGACCGAGACUGUUUGAGGGAUGGACCUCCUGAGAAAGGAGAGCAUAUUUUCGUUCGAUGGCCAGAUGGUGCAAUCUAUGGAGCCACCUACCGUAAAAUUAACAUCCAGGAUGUUUACACGAUUGAGUUUGAGGACAGCUCGCUGCUGCAGGCCAGGCGAGAUGAGCUGUGGGCGGAACAUGAGGACAUUCCCAGACAUGUCAGAAACAAGAUGUCACAAGCAACAGAAAGGAGAUAUGAUCUGUUUGAGAAUAAGUCUUUAGAGGGUCAUGAAGGCCGUAGGAACAAGAGGAAAGUCGAUUAUAAAGCUUUGGUUUUGCAAGGAGCUGCAUCAUAG